UUGAAACUGCCAUUAAAAAAAAAAGAACAGUCGGCCACGCUUGCCACAAAAAUCAUUUUCACGUUUGGGGGCAGAAUUCCCCCUAUUGUUUCACUCUAAUAUUACUGUAAUUAAACGUUCACUGUUCUUACCAUACAAGUGUUAAUAAUAGUAAGUCAUGGCCGAUUUAGACGAUUUCUUUGCGAAAAAAGACCGCAAAAAAAAGUCUGUCAAAAAAUUUGCAACCGCCGAAGAGAUGGCGAAGAAAUUGGACGAUGGCAAACAGAAAGCAUCUGAAGUGAGGCCUAAGAAGGAGCGGCCAGCGCAGGAGGGCGAGGAGGGAGGCCGAGCUGGGGAGGAGGAAGAAUGGAAGGAGUACGAGGAGCCAGUUAAGGACUACACCGGGCUGAAAAUUCAGGUGCUGCAGGGCGGGCCGGCUCCGGAGGCCCAGACUGCCUCGGAGGAGUCCGCUCCAGAAGGUGGCAAGACCAAGGGACCGUGGAAUAAACCACAACAGCAAGAGCCGGCAGCGCCGCCUCCAGAGCCCGAGAAGCCCAAGGAGGUGAAGCCCGCGUCGACGGCCUACGUGCCGCCCGUCGCGCGCCAGGUGCAGCGCGCCGAGCCGCUGCGGCGGCACGCCAGCAAACACGCGCCCGACAUACACAGUGACGACUCGUUUCCGGUACUCGGAGCCGCGGCCGCAGGGCUCCGACGCGAGGGCGGCUGGAGCACGGCGGCGGGCGGCGGCGCGGCGCAGCGCAGCACUAACCUGCGGCAGCCGCUCGCGCUGGGGAACCGCUUCCACGAGCUGCAGGACGACAGCUAG